CACUGUGUCUCUCCUCUGUGUGUUUGUGGCUCUCCAAUUGCCUGUAAUCAUUGCUUUCCCUGUAUAUCUUAGUUCUCAGUAACAUGCCAUUGCCAAGCUUCAGCCUGAGGGUCUAAUAUAAUCUGUGUCCAGCUGUGUGGUCCGAGGGGAGCAGGAGGAGGGGCCGUCUUGUGUGUGUAUGUGUGUGGAGUAUAAAGGAGCCUGCAGGCUGAUUUCUCAUAUUGCUGUCAGUAGCUGCUUCUGCUAUGAGUUGGAUCUGAGCAGCAUCUGAAGACUACUAGCCAACGCUUCUGUGUGUAAUUGUGAUUCAGCAAGGGUGAGAAGCACAAUGGCCCAAGUGAUGUACCUUCUGCUUAUAACCCUACCUCUUGUGAUAUCAGUUUCCCACCCUGUUAAUCCGGGGUGCAGAAUAAGGAUAACUUCAAAGGGGCUACAAUUUGUUAAACACGAGGGCCUGAAAUUUGUGGAAGAAGAGCUUGAGAACAUCACAAUUCCAGACUUGACCGGCAACGAAGGAAGAUUCUCAUACAGCAUCAACAAUGUGCGUGUGACACAUUUGCAGCUCCAUUUUUCCGAGUUAUGGUUUCAACCACACAAGCAACUAGUUUUGGACAUAAAUAACGCCUCCAUCAGCCUCACCUUUCAGCGAAAACUGCUGUACUGGCUUUUUUACGAUGUGGGGAUGAUUAAUGCCUCUGCAGAGGGUGUACAUAUUAAAACACAGCUGGAUCUGGCACGGGACCCAGGUGGACGUCUGAAGAUUGCCAACUUGUCGUGUGAAGCAUCCAUCAACAAGAUGCAGGCUGGCUUCAGUGGCACUCUCAAGAAAGUGUACGAUUUUCUUGGCAGUUUUAUAACAACGGGAAUGAGAUUUCUGUUAAACCAGCAGAUUUGUCCCGCUCUCCGACAUGCCGGAUUGGUGCUGCUAAACUCUCUUCUGAACACAGUACCCGUGCGGAACGCGGUGGACGAUUACAUAGGAAUUGAUUAUUCUCUCUUGCGUGACCCGGAUGUAUCAGAGGACAGUUUGGAUAUGGACUUUAAGGGCAUGUUUUUCUCGCUUUCGGAGCAGAAUCAGACUCUUCCCAACCUGUCACCAGCACUGCACAUAAAGCAGCAGGAACGCAUGGUGUACAUUGCGCUCUCUGAAUAUUUUUUCGACUCUGCUUUGUAUGCGUAUUACCAGUCGGGUGUACUUAACCUGGAUAUUGCUGGUGAACAGAUGCCAAAAGACCUGGAAGUCCUGUUACGCACAUCGUACUUCGGAACCCUUAUGCUGAUGGAUCCUUCUGUGUCUGAAUCGCCCAUGAAGCUGGAGUUGCGUGUCUCUACACCUCCACGUUUUACUAUCAAGCCCACAGGCACCUCUGUGACGGUUAACGCAAUCCUAAAUAUAUACCUGGACCCACCAGACCAACCCCUCAUUCAGCUAAGCAGCAUGACUAUGGAAUCUCGCCUCAGUGCCAAGGUUACCCUUAAGAAGACUACAUUGCAGGUUCAACUGGACCUCAAAAGGUUCCGAAUUUAUUCGAAUAAAUCUGCUUUGGAGUCCCUGGCGCUGAUCCCCUUGCAAAAUCCUCUAAAGACACUUCUACAGCUGACUGUGAUGCCUGUGCUCAAUGAGAGGACUAAACGAGGUGUUAGAAUUCCAUUACCUGAAGGCCUAGAUUUCGUACGCGAGACCACAUCGCACCAUGCGGGAUUUGUUCUGAUUGGCGGUGAUCUGCACUUCUCCAAAAGCCUGCGUGAAGUUAUUAAUGAAUAUCGUCCAGCACCCACAACCCCACCAAGCCCAGGACCCAAUGAAUCCAUCUGAGGACAUCUAAGCUGCGGUCUUGCUAAAUAGAAAAAGAAAUAUAGCCAGUCUCUCAUCAAGGAUUGGUACAGAUAAGUAGCAUUGUAGGGGGUUAGCCCUUAAAUCCAACAUAUACUUUUUAUAUGCCUUCUACACCCAUUGACUCAAGAAACCAAAACCAUAAUUUAAACCAGAGGAAUUUGAUCAUCAAUAUCAGGGGAUCAUCCCUAUAGAGAUUCUUUAUAUGUUGUUUUACAAAAGAUAAGCCCAAAUUUUGUAUGUAUAGAAUUAAACACUUGUCACUUUUA